AAACCCGGUUGUCGCGGUUUCGGAGAAGAAGACCCAGCCACCGCCACAAGAUGAGACCCCAGCGGCGGCGCAGAUCCAAUUAAAAACAGUUUCUACUGGAAUAGGGAGGCAAUCCACAACCGCCGCCGGUCUCUACCCUUAAUCCAACUUACAAGCUCUCGGUUCAGACAUACACGCAUCUGCAAUGGCUAAUACGCCGAUGGUCCCGCCCAACCCGGCGACAGGGAAUCCGAAUUUAGAUGGAGGCGUGCCGGCACCGCCGGGGACGGACAUGACCGGGCUAUGUUUCAGGGAUCAGCUGUGGCUCAACUCUUACCCUCUCGAUAGAAACUUGGUGUUCGAUUACUUUGCUCUUUCCCCUUUCUAUGACUGGACCUGCAAUAAUGAACAGAUCCGAAUGCGCUCUAUUCACCCCCUCGAUGUUUCUCAUCUGUCAAAAAUGACUGGAAUUGAAUACACACUUAGUGAAGUUAUGGAGCCCCAUCACUUUGUCAUUCGUAAACAAAAGAGAGAUAGUCCUGAGAAAGUCACACCAAUGUUAACUUAUUAUGUCUUGGAUGGUUCAAUUUACCAAGCUCCCCAGCUCUGCAAUGUCUUUGCAGCUAGACUGGGACGAGCUUUAUUUCACAUAUCAAAAGCUUUUACCUUUGCUGCCACGAAAUUGGAAAAGAUUGGAUAUGUGGAAGCUGAAAAUGAGAGCGGGAAUGCUGAGGCAAAGGCUCCGAAGGAGACUAUAGACUUUAAAGAACUUAAGCGAGUAGAUCAUAUUCUCGCUUCUCUACAACGCAAGCUCCCGCCAGCUCCGCCGCUGCCUCCCUUUCCAGAGGGUUAUACACGCCCUUCAAUUGCAGAAGGUUCGGAAAAGCAGCCGCAAGGAGAUGCCCAACUGCAGCUUCCGGUGGAUCCCAUCCUCGACCAAGGUCCUCCUUCCAAGAGGAUGCGAAUUUGACAUGGUUCAUCACCUCUUCCCAUGCCUAAAGAAACCUUGGAAAGCAAUCACCAUUUGGGGCGGUUGAAAAGGGGGAAAAUUGUAAACUUCAUAGCUCAUAGAGUUUUCCAUAUAUCCGAUGGAGCCAAAAUUUCACCAUUUUUUAGCUUUAGGGUGUGAUAGAAUAAAUCAAAAUGGAUCUCUAAAUUGUCUGCGCUUCUUUAAUUAAUGAAGUAGUAGUUAGUCAAGCAAUACAACUUUUGACGUUGA